GAUUAAAAUUGUAUGCUACAAUAGUGAAAUUUCACACACACUAUUUCCCAUCAUGUAUGGUAGUUCAAAUGUUCCUGCACAUAUUGUGUUGCGUACGAGUGUGGGCUGUUUCAUUUGCCUGGGCCCACUCACAUUCCUGUGUGACACACCAAGUUCAAGUCUUGUUACACUAUACAUUAAUGAUGUAUGUGGACCAACUGUAAUACACAUUGGAAAUGAUCUUGCAGUCAAAUAAAAUUACUCCGCGGGCCAGAUUUGGGCCCCGGGACUGAGUUUGAUAUCCCUGCCUUAGCUCACCACAGAGAAAAAGAAGAGAGGCGUCCUGAGGGUCCGUUGUGUGGAAUUACGGUUCACACAAUGUAAUGUGGGUGUGCAUCCAACGGUGUCAACGCAAGCCAGGGCCGCUGAAAGCUUUGGCUGAGCCCAGAACAAAGUCACAUGAAAGGGCCCCCCACCCAAUUCAUACAAUGUAACGAGGACCCAAUUCUGGGCCUCCUCUGUCCCUGGGCCCGGAACAACUGUCCCCAUUGUAGCCCCUUGUCGGCCUCCCUGCCGCAAGCCAUCUCACUGACACCAUUUGUAGCAAAUUUGUAGAGAAGGCCUUCGGGGUCUGACCACUACACCAAAGACCCUGGUUUUCGUUGGAAUGAUAGUGAUACGCCCACAAACUCAGUGAUACCGACUCAAAUGUCAUCACAGAGGCAGUAUGCAGCUCCUUACAACAUGCAGAAGCACCUGUAGAAAUCAUACAACAUUUUGCUCCCAUGGAUGAUUCAGACCACAUUUGCACAUCUUUUGGUAAAUGUUGGCCCAAUUUGUGUGACAUUGACAAUGUGUCUCAAGUUUUAGUAUUGAAGGAAUCUAAGCUGUUGUUAUUAUACAAAACUUGAACCCGCACCCCUCCACCUCCACCCUCAACCUUACUAAAUGCCUGUGUGGGUGGCAAGGACUUCUGCCGGAGUUAUCAGUAGUUAUGGCCACUAUUUUCCUCAUUAUCUCACUGUUCCAACAUACAGUCGGGAGCCUCCUAUUGGCCCUCACUGGUAGUAGGGGAAGGUUCUGAUUGGGCGAUGAUGGUAGUAGUCCCACCCAUCUCAGCUCUUAAAGAAGAUGAGUGUGCUGCUUCAGAAGAAUCUUCCUUUAAUAGGACAAAGGAGCACCUCCUGCAACUGCUGCUGAGGCGACUAAGGUUGAGAAUGAAGACAGCUACUGUCGUUCUCCUACUGCUGUGGUCUUGUCAGGCUGUGACUGUCACACGCAGUCAAGAUCUCCGAACCACAAGCUUAGGUACACCCCAUCGAGACCCCCACAGCUCCCCCCCACAGCCCGACAUCCACACUGUGCUGGAAGAGAUGAGCACCCUCAUCAUAGAGCAGGCAGUGCAGCUGAGACACACCAAGACACAACUGGAGGCCUUGGAGAAGAAGGCCGAGGGCAUGGAGAACAGACUGAGAGCCAGUGAGAACCUGAUAGAUCAACUGAAGACUGUAACUGACGUUCAAACAGUGAAUCUGGGUCUGACUCUGAGGUCAGUAUCGGCGCUGAGAAGGGAGAGGGAUGAGAGCAGGGUGUCGUUCUCUGCCUCUCUCCUGCAAGAAGGUGGUGGAUAUACGGGACCCUCUCAGGUGGAGACGCCUCUGGUGUUCAGAAACAUCAUCGCCAACAUUGGCGACGCCUACAGUGCAAAGACAGGGGUCUUCACAGCUCCAACCCGAGGAGCCUACUUCUUUAUAGUGUUUGCAUCUGGGCAUGGCCACACAUCUAUCCCUACAGGAGUCACUCUGUGGAAAAACAGAGAGCUUGUCGUCAGUGCUUUUGCUCGUCAGGAGCACGGCGACAUGAGUGCCUCUAAUGGAGCCUCUCUGCAGCUGGAGGCGGGGGAUGAGAUCUGCGUAAAGCUCUGGCAUGACGCGCGGGUCUUUGAUAACCACAGCAAGCACACCACCUUCUCUGGACACCUGCUCUUUGCCAUGUGAGGAAAUUACGCACCUGACGACGACCUUAUUUGGUGGAAUUAUAGCGCAAAAUAAAAUUGGGUAGCUGAAAUAGUGUGCAGCGGUUUCUUUAUCACUUUGAUGCGAUUGUUUUUGAUCCAGCACAUGUUGACUUGUUAUGGGAAUCACACAGAACACCACACACUCAUCUCUCUCAGAGACUCAUAGACUUGCACUGCUAUAUACAGUACAUUUGGCUUAUAAUGAACUGAAUGCUCUUAGGUUAUGGUUUAAUAUUGACUGAAAACAAUUAAGCAUCAGUAAUGAAUCAUAACGGUCUUAUUUGGUUGCAGUAUGGUCUUUAAAUGCUACAAACACAGUUUUUUUUAAGCAAAUCUGAAUAAAAUUAAAAUCCCAUGUGAUGCCAAUGCGUCACAUUUACUGUAAUAUUCUAUUUGUAUUCCAGUGCCUGUUAAUUGAGACCCGUUAUUGUCUUGCUCAGGUACACUUUGAUCAGAUAUAAUGAGGAGGAGUGUGUUUGAAACUACU